AUGGAACUCGAUCCUACCUUCAAGCUGGGGCUCCUUGGCCGCCCCCAGACACGCCGUUGGGCGAAUUCGUCGAGGAGACUCCACUCCAUAACCACGCCAUCCAUGCAAGAACACGGGUUUUAUUCCUCCCGCCUUACCAUCUCUCUACCACCACUUCCCUGCACCUCAGUCAACUCCAGAAUGAACGCCAUCGACACUGCAGAUUUUUUCUGGGACCCUCCAACUUCGAAGGCCAACUUCUGCGAGACGGACUUCGCUGUGAACAAAUACAUCGCCGAGUUUAUAAACAGCUUGACAAAUGUCGUCUACAUAAUCUAUGGCAUCUACGGGUUACGCCAGCUGCGAGGGAAAGGGAACAAAUGUGCCAAUUCUUUACGUGUCCUUCCCAACUGGGGCUUGAUAGCGGUCGGUGUGUGCUCGUUUGCAUUCCAUCUCAGCCUCAAGUACCAUACCCAAAUGACCGGACGCCGCCGGGCUCAGCUGCCCGGCGACAGACCUGAGGAAUGGUUAGGUUUGGAGCAGGUCGCGAUUUUCAACCUUGGCUAUUGGCUUUGGCUGGUUGAUCAAUGGGCCUGCGGGCUGUUGACCAAAGCGCGAGAAGCAAUAGGUCUUCCCUGGUCUUUUCUAUUGGAGCUUCACGGAUGGUGGCAUAUCUGUACUUAA